UCCGUCAGGCCCAUCACUCCACGGAUACACACAUGGAAGAGUCACCACACGCUCCCGUCGCGGCGGAGGCCGGCGCCGGCGCCGGCGCGGAGGCCGCCGGCGACUCCUACAUUAUCCGGCCGCUCGAUCUCGCCGACCUCUCCAAGGGCUUCUUCGACCUUCUCGCGCAGCUUUCCCCAUCCCCGCCGCUCUCAGAGGAAGCCUUCCGCGCGCGCUUCGCGGAGCUCGCAGCGCUGGGUGCCGACCACCUGGUUCUCGUCGCGGAGGAAGCCGCGACGGGCCGCCUCGCCGCCGCGGGGGCGAUGCUGGUGGAGCGCAAGUUCAUCCGGCGCUGCGGCCUCGUGGGCCACCUCGAAGACGUGGUGGUGGACGCUGCUGCGAGGGGGCGGGGGCUCGGGGAGCGACUCGUGCGCCGCCUCGUGGAACACGCAAGAGGGAGGGGGUGCUACAAGGUCAUACUGAACUGCACGACCGAGCUGAAGGGGUUCUACGCCAAGUGCGGCUUCGAGGAGAAGAAUGUCCAGAUGGGGCUCUACUUCUGAUCUAGGUUCCACUUUAUCGGAUCACACUCCCUGUUUAUGUUUUCUUCAAUUGAUUACUGAAUUCAUGAAGUGCGAUGGGGAAGAUCUGUAUGUUUGCCUGUUUCUUGGAAUAACUGUUUGUAGUUGCCUGUGAGCUAGUGAUCAAUGCUGCUUGUAACACAUUGCCUCAACAUAAUUAUUUGAUGUGUGGCACGUUUAUUCAAUCCAAUUAUAAUAGAAUGUUAUCAGAAGUUAUUGUA